AUGUUUGACGAAGGUGCAAGUGCAAAUGGAAAUGAUGAGACGACAUCAGCUAGUCAAGUGGCGGUUGGAACCCAGGCUGCUGUUCUUAAAAUAAAGAUUAAGAAUUUAAGUGAUCGACUCAAUAGAUUGUCCUCUGAACUUGAUCCCGCUCGACUUCGCGAUGUUGAUGACUACGAGCUGCAAGAUUACAUAAGCAUGGCAUCUGACUUGCAGGCGAAAUUUGAAACAGUCUAUGAUAGUUUGCUAGAUGUGGGUCAUGCCAGUGUUGAAGAGGAUCUUCAGACAAGUUUUGAGUCAACUAUUAGGCAGCUACGGGUGUCCCUUCAACGCGAACGCGGAAAUCGAAGCAAGGUUCAGCAGAUUCCGCAUUGUUCCACCUUCAAUUCUGCCGCAGCCGAUGAUUCGCGUUCUACCUUUGUUGUUCCAAACCACUCUCGAUUGCCUCAACUUAAAUUGCCGGAGUUUAGUGGAGGCUACACAGAAUGGGCCGAUUUCUCGAACAUGUUCACCACGGUCAUUGACAAGGAUCCGUAUUUGACCAACAUUGAAAAACUCCAGCAUCUACGGUCAUGCCUUAAAGGAACAGCACUGGAUACAAUUCGCUCCUUGGAAAUUUCAAACGCUAAUUAUGCUGCCGCUUUAGAACUGCUUGAUAAGCGUUUUAAUAACAAGCGUCUUAUUUUUCAGGCACACAUCGCUGAAAUUUUGGGUUUGAGGAAGGUGGAUAAGGGCGCGACGACACAGCUGCGCGAAUUUUCAGAUAAGCUCAACUCUCAUCUACGUGCUUUAAAAUCGAUGGGCAGUGUGGAACAGAUCGCCGGCUGCGUCAUAGUACACACGUUGCUGCAAAAACUAGAUAGCACUACGCAAGCUAGCUGGGAGGAUGAUGCGCCGUUGGACGUCAUACCAUCAUGCGAGCGGUUUACAACCUUCAUCGAGAGGCGUUGCCAAAGGCUGGAAAAUGCGGAUCACGCUACGACAAUGUACACGCCUAGCUCCCAUGUGGGCCAGAACAACAGUGGUAGAAGAACGUUUGUAGUGACUAGGAAUGGAACGAGUGCUUGUGUGUUUUGUGAAGUCGCAGGCCACUCUAUUUAUAAAUGUUUGCAAUUCGCAAAUUUAUCGCCCUCGCUGCGCCUUCACGAAGCCAAGCGGCUUGCGCUGUGCUUAAACUGCCUGCAAAGGGGACAUCAGCUGAGAGUCUGCGGCUCCAGCGCUUGCAGAGUUUGUGGAAGCAAGCAUCAUAGCUUGUUGCAUCUUGGCAACACAAGCAGUCACAUCGCUGCUUCUAGCUCAAACAAUGCACAAGAUACCGAAACUUAUUCGUCAUCCCAAAACACCUUGGCGGCAAUUUUAUCUUCGCCACUCACUACCGCCCAGCAUCUCAAGCACGAUGUUGUCCUGCUUGCCACUGCCGUCAUCAACGUGAAAAAUCGCGCUGGCUCCUUGGUGCCCUGCCGUGCGUUGCUCGACUCUGGGUCGCAGUUGCACAUCAUCACCUCUCGUCUUGCUCAUCAGCUCCAGCUGCGCAAAUUCAAGUCAACAGCAAUCGUCUCUGGCAUUGGUGAUGCAGCAUUUGCGUCCGAUGGUUUUUCGGUCAACAUCAAUGUCAAAUCUCGAGUGUCGGAGUACUCCACAUGCAUCCCGGCCUUGAUUGCACCAUCCAUCACCGAUAAUCAGCCUGGCUUCACUCUUGACCCUGCAUCAUGGAACAUUCCAUCAAAUAUACAACUAGCUGAUCCUGAAUUCUUUAAAUCUCAGCAAAUCGACAUGUUGAUUGGAGCCAGUCUGUUCUUCGAUCUGCUAUGCGUCGGCCAGAUUAAACUGGCUGCUGGACUGCCGAUAUUGCAAAAGACUCGCCUUGGUUGGGUGGCUACGGGAGGUGCUUCACAUGCAGGAAAAUCAUCAUUCAUGGCCAUGAGAUCAAUGGUGAAUCCAGAUCUGCUGGUUGACUCACAGCUGCAUCCGAAUGCACAGAUUGAUGAAUUAAUCCGUCGUUUUUGGGAAUUGGAAUGCUGCACCGAGCCUGAGUCCUUACCAAACAAGGAGGAACGCGACUGUGAGGCACACUUUCAGGCCAAUUUUAAACGUCUGUCGACUGGCGACUAUUCAGUUCGUUUACCGCUACGACUAGACAUGUAUCAGCUGGGUGACUCCUAUCAACAGGCGGUUCGUCGAUUCCUGAACUUAGAAAGAAAACUAGACCGCAAUCCAGCUUUGAAAACCCAGUAUGCAGCAUUUAUCAAGGAAUAUCUUGACUUGGGUCACAUGUCACUUGUUACCUCAGCUGCACUGGGCCAAUGCAAGUACUACCUGCCACAUCACUGCGUGCUGAAGGAGGAUAGCACUACAACCAAGCUAAGGGUCGUGUUUGAUGGCUCGGCAGUUACUACCUCUGGACACUCGCUGAAUGAUGCACUGAUGGCAGGUCCUACCAUCCAACCGAAGCUGUUUUCGAUACUGAUGCGGUUUCGUACAUUUGCAGUCGCCCUGACAGGCGAUAUAUGCAAAAUGUAUCGAUGCGUACGAGUCGAACCCGCAGACAGUUAUUUUCAAUGUAUCUUGUGGCGUGAGUCUCAGCAUCAGAAGAUACAGAUUUACAAAUUAGACACCGUCACCUACGGCACAAAACCAGCAUCGUUUCUCUCAGUGCGAGCUAUGCACCAACUGGCCAUGGAUGAGCAGAAAACUUUCCCUAUUGGCUCUGACAUUGUUAAAAGAGAUUUCUACGUGGAUGAUCUCAUUUCUGGUGGUAGCUGUGUUCAAGAAGCGAUUGAGAUAUUGAAGCAAACAUCUGGACUACUCGCCAAGGGGAACUUUAGGCUGCGAAAAUGGUGUUCUAGCGACACAGCUGUACUCCAAAACAUACCGGAAGAGGAUAGAGAAACGCUGCUUAAGUUUGACGAUGGCAGUGACAUCACGAAAACGUUAGGCCUCGUUUGGGAUCCCGCUUCAGACUGUUUCCUUUUCUCCUUCUCGCCACUGAGGUUGCCCUCCAGACUGACAAAACGGUCGAUACUUUCCGCAAUUGCUCGCUUUUACGACCCACUUGGUCUUGUUGGUCCCGUCAUAACAAAAUCGAAAAUUUUUAUGCAGGAUCUCUGGAGAGAAAAACUGGACUGGGAUGAGAGCCUGCCCGUACACUUAAGCACAGCCUGGGUCAACUUCUGCGCUGAUUUUGAGUAUACUCAGCAAUUCCAGUAUCCCCGUCGAGCACUCUCAUCAGACAGUACAGUGGAAAUUCACGGAUUUUGUGAUGCCAGCCUAAGCGCUUAUGGAGCAUGCGUCUAUACAGUCUCAAAGUGCCAUGGCAACACCAGCGUGCGUCUCUUAUGCUCCAAAUCGCGUGUCGCGCCUGUGAAAACCAUCACUGUACCAAAGCUGGAACUCUGCGGAGCUGCAUUAUUGGCUCAACUUCUCAGCGAAAUAUGCCAAAUGAAAGUGUUCGACUGUCGGUAUUACUGUUGGUCAGACUCUGCCGUGACUUUGGCUUGGAUUCGCAAUGAUGCUUCGAAAUUCAAUGUUUUCGUGGCCAACCGAGUCGCAGCCAUCCAAGAGCUCACCACUGGAAUGGAAUGGCAUCAUAUUCCCACUGAGUUAAACCCGGCGGAUAUAAUUUCACGGGGAGCGCUGCCUAGUGAGCUCUUCCGGUCUCCAUUAUGGGCCAAUGGUCCGAGUUUUCUCAGUAAGGGAAAGGAAGAGUGGCCUGCCUCCUGUGUACCUGUCGAAUCCUUACCAGAACUUCGACACAAGGUACUGCUCGGAACUGCAGCGCAACCUGAUCUCUCGAUCGGCUGCAAGUUCAUCAAUUCGUUUUCCAAGCUGCAGCGGGUCUUUGCUUAUGUUUACAAAUUUGUAAAUCGAAUCCGAGGAGCUGAACUAACUGUUGACCACUUGCAUCAUGGCACACAUUGGUUGCUGCGGUCAGUGCAAAUGGCUACUCUUAGCGAUGACUACAAGGCAUUGAAGGAAGGAAGGCAUGUCAAACCGUCUAGCUCAAUGGCCUCUCUUGCACCAUUCCUUGACGACUUCGGCCUACUCCGCAUCGGUGGACGGCUGAAAAACUCGUCGUUGGACUUCUCAGCGCGACAUCCGAUUAUAUUGCCCCGUCAGCAUCCUGUGACGCGAGCAAUCAUAGUUCACUUUCAUAAACGAAACUUACACGCUGGACCUCGCGCUUUAUUGUCUUCGAUUCGGCUCCAGUACUGGCCCAUUGGCGGUCGAAAAACAGUCUCCAGUAUUGUUGCCAAAUGCAUAAUCUGUUUUCGUGCCAAGCCACGAUUGGCAGAGCAUAUAAUGGCAGACCUACCAGCUGAUCGUCUUGAUACAUCGUAUCCCUUUAUGGUUACUGGCGUUGAUUACUGUGGACCAUUUUACUACAAGAACGAAGUGCGCAACAGGCCACCAGUGAAAUGCUAUAUCAGUCUGUUCAUAUGCUUCGCUACAAAGGCGGUGCACUUAGAGCUUGUAAAGGAUUUGUCCACAAUAUCGUUUCUAAACGCCCUAAAACGUUUCAUCCUGACUCGCUCUCGACCUUCAAGGAUCUGGUCUGACAAUGCGACAAACUUCGUAGGUGCCAAGAACGAACUAGCAGAUCUGAGCCGCCUGUUCCUGAGUGACGAGCAUGUCAAGGCCGUUAACGAGUUUUGCCUAUCCGACUCAAUUGAAUGGUUGUUCAUCCCUCCUCGCUCUCCGCACUUUGGCGGACUAUGGGAAGCCGCUGUGAAGACUGCUAAGCACCAUUUUUAUCGAUCUGUUGGCUCUUCCAUUUUGGAUUUCGAUUCGCUGCGCACGCUCGUCUGCCACAUCACGGCAAUUAUUAAUUCUCGACCAUUACUUCCACUUUCAGAGCAUCCAGGUGAUCUUGACGUCUUGACACCCGCACACUUCCUGGGUACAGCGCCAACUUCAUCAUACAUUGAGCCCGAUCUAAGGCAGCUUAACUUCAAUCGGCUUAAUUAUUUUCAGCGCGUCACAUAUCUCCAACAAGUAUUCUGGGCCCGUUGGCGCGAAGAAUAUUUGACGCUUCUUCAACAGCGCUCCAAAUGGCGCACUCCUCAGCCUGGACUCUCCAUUAACGAUGUUGUCCUUGUAAAGGAUGAGAAUCUACCGCCGCUGAAGUGGCCACUAGCUAGAGUGCAAGAGCUGAUCUCUGGAUCUGAUGGGGUAUCCAGAGUUGCUGUGCUUCAAACUGCGACUGGGGUCAUACGUAGAGCUGUACGAAAGCUGUGUUUGCUGCCCAAACAGGAUGAUGUUGAAAGCCCUUGCCUUCCAACGGGGGAGAAUGUUUGGUCAAGUAACAGCAGAGACAACACCGACGGCUGCGGACAUCAUCCAGAAGAAUAA